UAAUGCUCUGGGGCAAUAGAAUAAGUAAAACAUCAGAAGCACAGAUUUUAAUUUCUUCAAAUAUGACAGAGGACCUAUAUGAGCUUAAUCCAUUGACUGACAGUAUUGGAGCCUACCCGCUUCAGACAAAUCUAGCUGCUAUGACAACUGGUUAUGGUAUAACCAGCAGAAGCUCAGUACAACAGUCUCCGCUGUCUCCACAUGUUAACCAUAACCAUUUGUCAUCCCCUGCUAUAUCACAAAUCCCAUUUUCCCCACUGCUUGACAUACCACAUAGUGGAGGAUCUUGGGAUUAUAAUCCACCCGAGAAGUCAUCGUCUUCCCUUUGGGGAUCGUCACCCAAGGAUGACCUGACUGAACCCACAUGCUCCAAUACUGUCUAUCCCUUCAAUGUUGUUCCUCACAGUGACUCUGCAACUGCACCUGAAUUCAGUGCCAGUGAUUUGCAAAGGCUGGAUUCUUUUUCCAAGGCCUUUCCUGUGAAAAAUCUUAAAUCUGCUUUUGGUAACAGUGUGGGUGAAAAGAGUUCAGGGGACAGUCAGAUGUCAGAGAUACUGCUGUCUCCACAGAGUGGAGCACCCUCUGAUGGAUCGGAUCGAGAACCCUUUAGUCCAGUGAUCAUACAUUCACAGCAGCACCAUAAUCAGCUCACCUAUCAACCUAUAGACACCCAACAUAUGACCCAUAAUGCUUAUCCAAACCACCAGCAAUAUCAUUAUGGAUAUCAGCAGCACAAACCACAGCUGAGAGAAAGCCACCCAGAGCAAGUACACAAAGACCCACUCUGUAAGCUGCAGAGCCAGUAUCAUCACUUCCAGCAGUAUGGGAUUCCAAUGCACCAAACUCAGCUGACAUCUUAUUCAUUAACCCUGCAAAAGCAAGAGCAGAGGGGGCCAUUCAUUCAGCACACCACACUGGACACACAGGAAGCCCAUGGGUCUGUUGGAUCACCUACCUGCUGCUACCCUGAGAACUGUAAAGCACCUGAACAGCCAGUUUUCCAGGCUGGCCAAGGGUUACCACUGCCCUCACCCCACUUUCAGGAGCCACCACAUAUUUCUCACCAGAGUGGUAUCUACCAACCACAGCAGGCUCAGGAGCAAGCACAAUCAUUUUCUCUAAAGCAUAAUACUUCUUUUGGAAAAAAUAAUUUGUCAACACAUGACACAGUGCCAGGGUUUUCUAGUCCAAAAGAGGAGGUCUAUGUGGGUUUAAGUUAUCCCUAUAGAAGGGCCAGUCUCUGCAGUUCCUAUUAUCAACAUGUGGGGUCAGGGAUCAGUCAAGAGGUUCCACUAACUACCCUGAGGGGAGGAGUCCUUCAUCAUCUUAACUCACACAGACCACAGUCUACACAGAUGCCUUCUGUUAGCCAAGAUGACCAGAUUUCACCACUCUACAGGCCAAAAACAGAGGUAGUAAAGGUUCAAGGGUCCAAUGCCAAGCUGAAGUGCCUUGUUUGCCACAGGGAGUUUAAAAGCUUGCCUGCCCUUAAUGGUCAUAUGCGCUCCCAUGGGGGAUUCAGAACCCUUCCUUCAACAUUCAAAACAAAUGAUGGACAAAUUCAGCUGUCCAGAGAAGCAACCCAAAUUGAGCCCAUGGUGUUACCUGUGUCUGUUCCUGUAAAAGAAGGUCACCGAAUUCUCCCCAAGCUCCACAAUUAUCUUAAUUCCCAGCCAAGACUCAGUGACCUUAUUGCCCCAGCAGAGACAUGUCCCCAGCCUUCACAAAUGGAUCAGUCACCACAUAUGAAGGGUUCAGCAGAUUUUUUGUCAAGGCAUGAGAAAAAGAGGCAACGGCACCGCCUGAUGCCACUUGUGAUUUCCCCAUGCACCGUUGGCCUGGGCUCCAGAGGGCCUGUGCUGUUCCAGAGCCAGUUGCGCUCCAUGGAGAGCUGCAAAGCUGUCGCUGCCUAUACUCCACCUCCAAUACUCAACCCCAUACGGCCAGGUUCUGGCCUAUUCAGCAAAUUUAAUGCAGGCCACCACUGCAGUGGAGCACAGACAGUCACACACGCGCGUCUAUGUACGGACAGUGAUGUGGAUGGUGGUACUGUAACAUUAUAUCCAGAGGGUAAAUCAAGUGGCAUGAAACCCCGGAUAAAUAUUGGUAUAGAUUUUCAAGCAGAGAUCCCAGAUAUUCAAAAUAGCUCAAAAGCAGCAGAAGAUAUCCAUAAGGCUAAUCUUCUGUGGACACCCUGCCAUUUGAAAAUCCCUGAGAAUCAGCAAAGAGUGGAUGAUCUCCUGAAAAUGGCAUGCUCCAGUGUGCUCCCAGGUGGAGGGACCAACACAGAAUAUACCCUCCAUUGUCUUUUUGAGUGUAGAGGAGAUGUUAUGGUAACUCUUGAAAAACUACUCUCACUGGAGUCAAUAAAACACAUGUCCAGUCUUCAAACAGAUUACCAUUAUGCAGGAUCAGAUAAAUGGACCCUGCAAGAAAAAAGGCAACUCAACAAAGCUCUAAUAAUUCACAACAAGGAUUUCAAUCUGAUUCAAAAGAUGGUGAAGACAAAGUCAGUGGCUCAGUGUGUUGAAUAUUACUACACAUGGAAGGAGAGGCUACGUCUGGGCAGGAAGCUGAGCACAGGCCCAGUAACACCAGGCAGAGAGAAGCAGGGUGACUUGGAGGAAAGCAGCAACAGAAAACCUGUGCAAGAGGCCAGUAAACAAAUCCCCAGCCCAGAUUGCUUUGACCUCCCAGAUGACGCCAGUGCUGUGUUUGUUAGUGAAGUACCCAGUACUCUGCCUAUGUUUAAUGGAGAAGAAUGGAACCAGAGUAAUCUGGGUGGCUUGUGUAAUUCUCCAGUUGAACAUAGACACAAAUCAGCCCUGCAGUUUGUCCCAGGCUCUGUAAAAAGCUCUCCUUCCAACAGUACCACCAGUGGAGACACUGACUCUUUCCCCUGCACUGAAUGUGGAAAGGUGUUUUUUAAGGUGAAAAGUCGCAACGCCCACAUGAAGACUCAUCGCCAACAAGACGACCCACAGUUUUGGCAGCUUAACAGGUUUCCUGAACAGGAAAUCAGUGUGACACCUGGUAGCCCUUCUGUUAUACCACAUCUAUUACCCACAAUGCCUCACCAAUAACUCUGUAGCAGUGAUGUCACAACAUUACUUAUAAAUGAUGUAAACACUGCAACAAAGAACCUUUGAAAAUAAUUAGGUGAACUUUGCUAAACUAACCUACACUGGCCAGAAUUUACUUUUAAUGAAAUGAGUGUUGUAGUAUUUUGCAUGGAACACAAAAAUAAAAACAUAGGUUAAGUAAAGCGUUAAAGAAAUAUAGAUUACAGAACUAUAUUGCCUACAAUUUCCUCUUAUAAUAUAUACUUACCACAUUUCUCCACUUAAUGACUUGGCACUCAGGACCCUUGGGGCCCAGAAUCACCAGAGGACCUUAAUCUUGCAUUGUAUGGUUAUUCCAUUUGUUUGUGAUUCCUCGGUCUCUAUAAUCAGCAUAGGUCUACACUUCUCUCCUUUCACAUACUAUGUUUGUAAACAUACAGUGCUUUUCUUUGUUGUCUUGUUGCUUUUGCCAAUUCCGCUGAAUCUACUGUGGCCCAAAAGAAAUGGAUGGCAACUGAUCCAUGUCAUGUGUGAGAUUAAGCUAUGUACAAGAGGUGUGGAGUUAUUGUGUGCGUCAGUGCAUGUAGGUGUGUGAAGAGCACAGGACUUCUGUGGGUCUCAUGAUCAUCUAAGCAAGACCUCUCUAUUUCUUUAUGCCACUUCUGGCACAACUUAUGUAUAUUUACACUUUCCAUUAAAAUGUAAUAACAGUGUUUUAAUUCUCACAAUAUUUUUGUUACCCUACAAAGACCAAAGAGAUCAAAUACACCCCUGAAGUAAAUACUAAGUAUAGGUUAAAAAUGAUUACAAACUGGCAUUAGGAUAGAUUUUGUGAGCAAAUAUGUUGAAAAAUAAUGUACAAAUAAAAUUGUAUUACAUUUUCAACUCAUUGG